ACCUACAUCACAUAGUGGUUCCUAGCUAAACACUAUGGUUCAACAAACGACGAUCGUGGACGAGGUCCCCGGCUGGCUCCGAGUCUAUGAGGACGGCUCCGUCGACCGGACGUGGACCGGGCCACCGGAGGCCAAGUUCAUGGCCGAGCCCGUGCCUCCCCAUGAGGAAUUCAUCGCCGGGGUUGCCGUCCGUGACAUCGUGACUGACAAGAAGUCUGGCCGCCGGGUCCGCAUCUACCUCCCGGAGGACGUCCUGGAGGCCGAUUCCGCCAAGCUCCCCGUCUUCCUCCACUUCCACGGCGGCGGCUUCUGCAUCAGCCAGGCCGACUGGUUCAUGUACUACAACACCUACGCCAAGCUGGUCGCCUCGGCCCGGGUCAUAUGCGUCUCGGCCUACCUGAGGCUGGCCCCGGAGCACCGGCUGCCUGCGGCCAUGGAAGACGGCUACGCGGCCCUCGAGUGGCUCAGCUCGGUGGCUAGGGGCGAAUCCCACGAGCCAUGGCUCGAGGAGCGUGCGGAUUUUACUAGGGUUUUCCUCAUUGGAGACAGUUCGGGAGGCAAUGUGGUGCACGAGGUGGCUCGCAGAGCCGGGGAGGCGGAGGGCUUGGGGCCAGUGAGAUUGGCCGGGGCGAUCCCGAUCCACCCGGGGUUUGUGCGGUCGGAGCGGAGCCGGUCCGAGCUGGAGCAACCCGAGACACCGUUCCUGAAUAGGGCCAUGUUGGACAAGUUCCUAAGCCUCGGGCUGCCCAUGGGUUCGACCAAGGACCACCCAAUUACAUGCCCGAUGGGGCCGGGGGCGGCGCCGAUGGAGGGGCUGAGGUUGCCGCCGUUGCUGCUCUGCGUGGCGGAGAAGGACCUGGUGGUGGACACAGAGAUGGAGUACUACGAGGCGAUGAAGGCGGCGAACAAGGAGGUGGAGUUGCUGGUGAGCCGAGGGAUGACUCAUAGCUUUUAUCUGAACAAGAUGGCCACGGACACGGACCCCGACACGGCCGCCGAGACCGACCGGCUCAUCGCAGGCAUCACCGAGUUCAUCAAGAAGCACUGAGUGGGAAUCGAAACCCCACAAAAAAAAGAAGACGACAGGAAUAUGAUGAAAAGACAAGGUUUUAUGGGCAAUGUCGCGCAUUUAUCUUUUUAUUUUCCCCGUUCCUCCGUUUGCUGCAAUUUAGAAAAA